GUAAUGGCAGCGAAAAGGAAUCCCAGCAAUAAUCGGGGCUGGUGGUCCCGAGGAGGCGAACAACACAAGGAAGUUUUAUUGGUUCGUUUUCAGUCAAUGGAGCGUAACCGACCGUAUUGUGACCGUCCGUUUCCGCCGUUAUUUCAUCAUUAGGACCGGUCGACGGUUAAACAAAAAUCAGCUUCAUACGUGCAGACCUGCGGGGAGUCGUCGCUCCCAGUUGUAAGGUGGCGGUUUAACUGUCAAAUCGGAGUAAAAUAUUGCGCCUAAAUGACACAGUGGAAAUGUAAAAGUUGAAACGAAUACCAUUCAAAUAAUUAAAGGGGGCAACAGAAGGAAGGAAAGUACAGAAUGGUUCAAAUUCCAAGUUAUCGAGAGUUUUGGACACUAAAACUGCGGGAUAUGGCGAGUGAUCCAACUGAAGUGAGCUGCACACCCUAAUGAGCUUGUUCUCCUCCCAGAGUACGUGGCAGCCACAAUCCCCCACCUAAACAAAUCACUGCAGCCUGUCAGCGAUUCCAGAAAGCCCGAAGCACUGAAAGUAUCAGAUUUAAGCAGUUUCUAGGGCUGGAUCUCUAGCCCAACUCUCCCAUUAGUGCUCCUCCUCCUCCGCCUGUCCGGGAGUCUCCGAAAGUAGCAUUGAGUGCAAGGCACUGUGUGCACACAGCUGACCGCAGCCACUGGUCCCACACCGCCUGACUCGGCUCUUUAUUUGAUCUGCAGCAUGACUUCCACGAAGCAGAAAAAUAAAAGUCAUUCUGAUCGCAGUUCAUCCAAUCUGCAAGAUGACGUGGCAAAGAGGGGCUCGAAGGGAGGCAAGGGGGGGACAGAGUCUGCUUCGACUGUUGGGAAGGUGGUGAAUGUUCUGCUCUUUUUAAUCCUGGCUGCGGCGGCUGCAGUUUUCGGCUGGUAUAUCCACACCCUCUCGGAGCAGAUCCACCAUUUGCACCAAAGGAACGAAGAGACAUCCCUUCAAAGCAACGAACUGGCGAAGAAGAUGGAAACUGUUCUUCAACAGGUGGAAUCUACAAAUGUCAUGAUUAACAAACUGGAAUCAGUGUUGCAUGGCAAUCAGCAGGAGCUGCAAAAAACUAACAAUGCAGUCAUAAAGGGUGAAAGCAAGACAAAUCAAAUUGGUGAAACUCUUCAAAAACUGCAGAAUGAAAUACUGCGAGAUCUCUCUGAUGGCAUCCAAGAUGUUCGAGAUGCAAGGGAAAGAGAUUUUACUUCUCUUGAAAAAACAGUAGAAGAAAGAUUAACAGAAUUAACCAAAUCAAUCCAUGAUAACAUUGCUGUUUUUACAGAACUUCAGAGGAAAAGUCAGAAUGAUAUUGAUGAGAUUAAAUCAAAGAUUAAUUCAUUAGAAGUGGCUGUUGAAACAAAGAGUCAAGAAACUACAUCUUUAGUCAGUAAAUAUGAUCAGUUGAAAAGUACAUUGCAUUCACAACAGUCUGCAUAUGAUACACUGAAAGAGUCGGUCUCCAAAACUGAAAAAAUUCUCAAUGGUAUAUCUGAAGAGAUUCACCAAAGUAGGCAGGAUUUACAGGAAACAAAGAACAACUUGAAUGAGCAAAUAAAAACCAUGAUUUCAGAAGCAAGUGAUGUUUCCGAGAAUGUAGAAAAGAACAAUGAAAAAUUUGAAUCCCGGUUAAUCACCACAGAGGAAAACAUUAUGGCUUUGAAUACGGCUGCAACACACUUGUCUGAAAAAAUAGAGUUCUACAAUUUUGAUUCAAUACAGGGAACAAUGAAAAGUGUUGUUGAAUCUCAUGAGUCACUCAGCAAUGACAUCCAAACACUGAAAGCAAACCUAGAACAUUUGCAAAGUCUGGAAACUGAUAAAGCACUUAACAAUCUUCAAAGUGAAAUGCAAGCUCUUGAAUCACGUCAGCAACAACAGACUGAGGAGAUUCAUGCUGAACACAAUGAGAGGCUGAAGCAGUUGGAAAAAAAUGUGGAUGAAAUUGAUGAAGAAACUAAGAAAGUUGCAGCUGUGUUGAAUUCAAUGGAAGAGACUAUACAAUCUGGGUUCCGUGAGAAAUUAUCAUCAUUGGAAACAUCCAUGGAUGAACUGAGGUCUUCAAUCAAUGAAGCCAAGAGUGACCUGGAGGUUUUAGGGACAUCUGUGGAGAGCCUGCUUUCAGAAUCUGAAAAGACUAAUGCUGCCAAGGAUGAACUGUCAUCCCUAAAGCUGACACUGGAUGAAUUGCAAUCUGAUGUUGAUAAGCUAUCAGUGUCAUUAAACAGCUUACAAUAAGCUACCAGAAAAACAACUUUAAUAAAACUCAGCUUUUGAG